AUGCGCGGCGGCGGGCGCCGGGCGCUGCCGCUGGUGCUGGCGGCGCUGGCGGCCCUGGCGCUGCCCCGCGGCUGCGGCGCCGCCAUGGACGAGUGCGCGGAGGAGCGGAGCGGGCGGCCGCAGCGCUGCAUGCCCGAGUUCGUCAACGCCGCCUUCAACGCCACGGUGGUGGCCACCAACACGUGCGGGUCGCCGGCCGAGGAGUACUGCGUGCAGACCGGCGUCACCGGCGUCACCCAGUCCUGCCACCUCUGCGACGCCGCCCAGCCCCACCUGCGGCACGGCGCCGCCUUCCUCACCGACUACAACAGCCAGGCCGACACCACCUGGUGGCAGAGCCAGAGCAUGCUGGCCGGCGUGCAGCACCCCGCCGCCGUCAACCUCACCCUGCACCUGGGAAAGGCCUUUGACAUCACGUACGUGCGUCUGAAGUUCCACACGAGCCGGCCGGAGAGCUUUGCAAUCUACAAACGCACCAGGGAAGAUGGCCCAUGGGUGCCCUACCAGUACUACAGCGGGUCCUGUGAGAGCACCUAUAACAAAGUCAAUCGGGGUUUUAUUCGGACUGGAGAGGAUGAGCAGCAGGCACUCUGCACAGAUGAGUUCAGUGACAUCUCCCCUCUCACUGGGGGCAACGUGGCUUUCUCAACGCUGGAGGGGCGACCCAGUGCCUACAACUUUGACAACAGCCCUGUGCUACAGGAAUGGGUGACGGCUACUGACAUCAGGGUGAGCCUCAACCGUCUGAACACCUUCGGAGAUGAAGUUUUCAAUGACCCCAAAGUUCUCAAGUCAUAUUACUAUGCUAUUUCUGAUUUUGCUGUGGGUGGCAGAUGCAAAUGCAACGGUCAUGCAAGCGAGUGCGUGAGGAAUGAGCUUGGGAAGCUGGUCUGCAACUGCAAGCACAACACCUUUGGGGUCGACUGUGAAAAGUGCCUUCCUUUCUUCAAUGACCGGCCGUGGAGGAGAGCGACAGCAGAGAGUGCCAAUGAAUGCUUGCCUUGUGACUGCAAUGGGAGGUCCCAAGAGUGCUACUUCGACCCUGAGCUGUACCGCUCAACAGGCCACGGUGGCCACUGCGUGGGCUGCCAGGAUAACACCGACGGUGCCCACUGCGAGAGGUGCAGGGACAGCUUCUACCGCCUCGGGAGUGAGGAGGGAUGUCUGCCCUGCAACUGCAACCCAGUUGGCUCCCUCAGCACGCAGUGCGAUAGCUACGGCCAGUGCAGCUGCAAACCUGGCGUGAUGGGUGAUAAAUGUGACCGGUGCCAGCCAGGUUUCCACUCCCUCUCUGAGGCUGGGUGCAGGCCCUGUUCUUGCAAUUCUGCUGGUAGCACAGGUGAAUGCAAUGUCGAAACAGGACGGUGUACUUGCAAGGACAAUGUUGAAGGCUUCCACUGUGAGAGAUGCAAACCUGGGUUUUUCCAUCUGGAUCCCUCAAAUCCAAGAGGCUGUACCCCCUGCUUCUGUUUUGGACACUCCUCAGUUUGCACCAAUGCUGUUGGCUACAGCAUCUACAGCAUCACCUCCAGCUUCCAGUUCGGAGAGGAUGAGUGGCGUGCUGAACAACGCGACGGCUCAGAAGUCCCCCUCCAGUGGAGUGCAGAGACCCAGGAUAUCUCUGUCAUCUCAGACAGCUACUUCCCCAUGUAUUUUGUUGCACCACGCAAGUUCUUGGGCAACCAAGUUUUGAGUUAUGGUCAGAACCUGACCUUCUCCUUCCGUGUGGACAGACGAGACACACGCCUUUCUGCAGAGGACCUGGUGCUGGAAGGGGCUGGGCUGAGAGUGUCAGUGCCUCUCAUUGCCCAGGGCAACUCCUACCCCAGUGAGAGCCCACUGACCUACACCUUCAGGCUCCAUGAGGCCACUGAUUACCCGUGGAGGCCUGCUCUGUCUGCGUUCGACUUUCAGAAGCUUCUCCACAAUUUGACUGCCAUCAAGAUCCGUGGGACAUACAGCGAGAGAAGUGCUGGCCACCUGGAUGAUGUUACCAUCACAAGUGCUCUCCCUGGGCCCGGCGUGCCUGCAGCAUGGGUGGAGAGCUGCUCCUGUCCAGCAGGCUACGAGGGGCAGUUCUGUGAGCGCUGCUCCUCUGGGUACCGCCGAGAGACACCCGGUCUCGGGCCCUACAGCCCCUGCGUGCCUUGCACUUGCAACGGGCACAGUGAGACGUGUGAUCCUGAGACAGGUGUGUGCAACUGUAGGGAUAACACAGCGGGGUCUCACUGCGAGAAGUGCAGCGAUGGGUAUUACGGGGAUGCAACGGCAGGCACAGCCUCGGACUGCCAGCCCUGCCCGUGCCCCGGUGGCUCCAGCUGUGCCAUCGUGCCCCGCACAAGGGAGGUUGUGUGCACCAGCUGCCAGGCUGGCACUACAGGCAAAAGAUGCGAGCUGUGUGAUGAUGCCUAUUUCGGGGACCCACUUGGUGAGAACGGCGCUGUGAGGCCUUGCCGCCUGUGCCAGUGCAAUGACAACAUCGAUCCUAACGCUGUGGGGAACUGCAACCGCCACACAGGCGAGUGCCUCAAGUGCAUCUACAACACAGCCGGCUUCUACUGCGACCGCUGCAAAGACGGCUUCUUCGGGAACCCCCUGGCCCCCAACCCUGCUGACAAGUGCCGGGCAUGUCACUGUAAUCCCUAUGGCACUGUGAAUCAACAGACAAGCUGCAAUCAAGUGACGGGGCAGUGCGAGUGCCUCUCACAUGUCACCGAGAGGGACUGCAGUGCUUGCGAGCCUGGCUUCUUCAACCUCCAGAGCGGACGUGGCUGUGAGAGGUGUGACUGCCAUGCACUGGGCUCCACCAACGGCCAGUGCGACAUACGAACAGGGCAGUGCGAGUGCCAGCCUGGCGUCACCGGGCAGCGUUGUGACAGAUGUGAGGCCAACCACUUCGGAUUUGGCCCUGAAGGCUGCAAACCGUGCGACUGUGACCCUGAGGGUUCGCGUUCCCUGCAGUGCCGGGAGGACGGUCGCUGCGAGUGCAAGGAAGGCUUUGUGGGGACCCGCUGCGACCAGUGUGAGGAGAACUAUUUCUACAACCGGUCGUGGCCAGGCUGUCAGGAGUGUCCUGCAUGUUACCGACUAGUGAAAGAUAAGGUGGCAGAGCAGCGAGAGAGGCUUCAGGAGCUGGAAAAUCUUAUAGCGAAUCUGGGUACGGGAGAAGAAACUGUAACUGACCAAGCCUUUGAGGAGAGGUUGAAGCAGGCAGAAAGAGAUGUCAUGGAGCUGCUCCGAGAAGCACAAAACAGCAAAGACGUAGAUCAGGGCCUGAUGGAUCGUCUCAAAGACAUCAACAGCACACUAGUGAGUCAGCUCAACAGGCUGAGGAACAUCCAGAACACUGUGCAGGAGACGGAGGACUUAGCAGAGAAAGCCCGGAAACGGGUGGAAGCCACAGAAGACCUGAUCACGACAGCUUCUGAUAUGCUAGAGAAGGCAAAGAUGGCAGCUGACAAUGUGUCCAUUACACCUCCGGAGUCAACUGGCGACCCUAACAACAUGACUCUGUUGGCAGAAGAGGCCCGUAAGCUGGCUGAAAGACACAAGCAAGAAGCGGAUGAGAUUGUUCGUGUAGCCAAGGCAGCAAAUGAUACUUCCACAGAAGCGUAUCAGCUGCUGCUGAAGACCUUGGCUGGGGAAAACCAAACUGCGAAUGAUAUUGAUGAGCUCAACCAGAAAUACAAUCAAGCAAGGAACAUUUCUCGGGACCUAGAGAAACAGGCUGACAAGGUGCUUACAGAGGCAGAGGAAGCUGGAAACAAGGCCCUUCAAAUCUAUGCUAAUCUCACCAGUCUGCCCACCGUGGAUUCCACAGGGCUAGAGAAUGAAGCAAAUAAAAUCAAGAAGGAAGCAGAGGAGUUAGAUCAACUAAUAGCAAGGAAGCUGAAAGACUAUGAAGACUUGAGAGAAGACAUGAAAGGAAAGGAGCAGGAAGUAAAGAACCUUUUGGAGAAAGGGAAGACGGAGCAGCAGACUGCAGACCAGCUCCUGGCUCGAGCAGAUGCAGCAAAAGCCCUGGCUGAGGAAGCUGCUCGGAAAGGCAACGGCACACUGCAGGAGGCUAAUACCAUUCUCAGCAACCUGAAAGAUUUUGAUAAGCGGGUGAAUGACAACAAGACAGCAGCUGAGGAGGCACUGAAGAAGAUUCCUGCCAUCACCCGGACCAUUGCUGAAGCCAACAAUAAGACACGCCAGGCAGAGAUGGCACUUGGCAAUGCUGCUGCUGAUGCCCGCGAAGCCAAGGCUAAAGCAGAUGAUGCUGAGAAGAUUGCCAGUUCUGUUCAGAAGAGUGCUGCUGCUACCAGAGCUGAAGCUGACAAGACUUUCUCUGAUGUGACGGGGCUGGCCAAAGAAGUGGAUGACAUGAUGAAGCAACUCCAGGAAGCAGAAAAAGAACUGAAGCGGAAGCAAGAUGAUGCUGAUCAGGACAUGAUGAUGGCAGGCAUGGCUUCACGGGCAGCCCAGGAGGCAGAAGAGAAUGCAAGAAAAGCGAAGAACUCUGUGAACAGCUUGCUUACUGUCAUUAACGAUCUUUUAGAUCAACUAGGGCAACUGGAGACGGUGGACUUGAACAAACUGAACGAGAUUGAGGGUACCCUGAAUAGUGCCAAAGACCAGAUGAGAAGUAAUGACCUGGACCAGAAAGUGUCUUUGCUUGAGAGAGAAGCCAGGAAGCAAGAUGAUGCAAUACAGGCCUACAACAGGGACAUUGAGGAAAUCCUGAAAGACAUUAGCAACCUGGAAGACAUCAAGAAGACCUUGCCAUCUGGCUGUUUUAACACCCCGUCCAUUGAGAAACCCUAAGGGAGCGCUGGGGGUGGAGGGUAUUCCCUGGGUGACUGGUGGAGCAAUGGUUUGGCUAUGGAGUGCCUUAACACACCUUACCUUCUUCAAAUCCCCAACUCUUCGCGGCUCGUAGCCACUGUUCUCUUUUAAAAUCAGGAUAAGUUGAAAAGGUUUUUUUUUUUUUUUUUUUUUUUUUUUUAAGAGAGGCAAAUUAACUAUCCGUCGUUGGGCACCAAAGGGUUUUUUUAUAUAAAUUGUCUUCCUGAGCACUCCACCUUCGCCCCUUUCUCAGACAGUUUCCCUUUAAUUAGUGCAAGGAUGAGAGAUGCUCUGGACUCUUUAUUCUGUGGUUCAGAAAUAACCAUGUGAGCUGUAUACAGCAAGGCAAAACUAACUCUACUUUCUCUCCUUUCUUCUCCCCUUGACUGUAAAAUCCUUGGUCCCAGAGCUCUGUCCCUAUGAAGGAAGGAGGUUGGCUACCAAAGUAUUACUGUAAUGGCCAGUAUAGCUGCACUCAUUCAGAUCCCUGUUCCCAACUUCUAACCCUGUGAUUUUUUUUUUUGUUUUGUUACGUUGACUAGUGGCCAAUCAAAACCAUUGGUAGCCUUUUAUGAAAUAUCCUAAGCCUCUUUCUGAAAUGCUUUCUGUGAUGAUGCAUCGCUCUGAGAAUAAUGCAGCCUCUGAGAGGAGCUUUUUGGGAAGAUGGGAUGCUAGGGGAGUGGUAGGUCUUGCCAGCACUGCUGCUGGCCUAUGGAGCAGAAGUUUUGUGUGCAGUCUGCAAGCAGCUGCCGGUUGGGUAGUCCAGGCUGGGGAGUCUGGAAGUGAUGAGCUGAGUUCCCAUCUGGAGGUGUUGCCCUCAGAUCACCAGAGGAUCUUUGUUUUAGGCUACAGGUGUCUGACUGACAGAUUCAUUUGUUCAAGCAGUAGAAAUCUUGCUGAGAGGAGAGCUGCCAUCCAGAGAGCUCUGACAGAUGGUCUGAACUUCAACCUGAAUGUGUUUGGGUAGGGAAGGAAGAGGGCUUGAAGAUAUAAAUGAGAAGAUCUUUCUCCCCAUCGUCUUCCUGAAGGAGGCUAGUAGUAUUUUUACACUUUUUGGUAUUGCUCUCACCUUUUUUUUUUUUUUCCUCUCCAACCUGGCUGAAAGAGCAGCUUUCAGGUUCCUCCUGAGGCAGUGCUUCCCACUGCCAGCUGCUUGGUGGUGCUGGGAGGCAGCAGUGGGAGCCCUUCACUCCUCCCUCAGCCCUCCUCUGAUGCGAGAGCACCCUCUGCAGCUUCCUCCAUGGCUCCAGCCCAGCAUCCCCUCUCUCUUCCUUAAGAUCCAGCAUAUAUCUAUCCUUAAACACUAUGCAACUUUGUACGUUUGCGUAGCGGGGAAGAAAUUAUUAUCUGACACACACUGGUGCUAUUAAUUAUUUCAAAUUUAUAUUUUUUGUGUGAAUGUGAUAUUUUUUUUUCCGUUUUUAUCAUGAUUAUAGUGUGAGGAAGUCUCUCGUGUGCAUGUGUAUGCGUGUGUAAAUAUACUCAGCCAUAUUUCCAGAGUGGCACAGCCUGGCCUCCUCUACGUGCUUUCCCCUGUAACCAUCACGGCACGUGCACCACGUAUCGCUUCUGUCCAUAUAACCCCCUUGGAGCCCGCUGUUUCCUCUAGCAGGGCUCCCACCCUCUUCCCCCAAUGCGUGUUCUCAGCAUCCACAUGGCAUGGGGCCAGCAGUGACCCACGCCUGCUGCUGCAGCCGGGGGACGGGCGCUUUGUGCCCUCCAGGUUCUGGCCGCGAUGCUCUGGGAGCGGCGGCAGUUUCGCAGCUGGACUGUGAGGAGCUGGAGCGCUGUCGGGACCCGGUGUUGAGGUGGUCAGAGCUGGGUUUGGGGUUCAGACCUCUGUGCAAGGAGUGAGGACGUAGCUGGAGGCUGAGCACAUUCUCAAACUGCUGUGGGGAGAGGGGAUGUUUCUAGCAAACCCUGCCUCUCUCUUAUACCCAUCUUCCUAGAGUUCUUGCAAUUUACCAAAAACUGCCUUGGGGUUUGCCCCCACCUGUGAACAUACCAAUCCCACCCCUGGAGGAGAGUUUCCCUAUGCUUGCCCACACUCGUGGGACCUUCACAUCAGUGUUUUCUGGCUGGCUGCUCUGGUCAGAUGGCUGUCUAACCACGUCACCUCUCUGCCAAGGCUGUGAGAAGAGCAGAUGUGAAGAUGCGCGCAUGCCCUGGCUGACCUCAGGCCUAAGGUUUCCUGCUUUCUCUUCUAUUUUUUUUUGUUGUUGUUAAGCUGUUUUUAACAGAAUUUUAUUUUUAAAUAAAAAAAAAAAACUUUAUAAGCGAUCUCUUAAUCACUACUGCAUUACAGCCAUUACUCAUUGUAUAAGUCCAGUUAUUUCUUUGCGUAAGGUGAUGUUGGGACAGCUGCUGGUGGGGUGCUGGGUGUCGCGGGCAGCGCGUGGCGGUCCCUUCAUCACUUGAUUCCUGACUGUGGCCCCCUCAGUAUGUGCCUUCACUUCAGCUUUUUUGCCUUAAUCUGUGGUCUCGCUGUCUGGGGCGGUGAACAAAAUGCAACACUUGCAGUUUUUAUGUAUAAAACAGUAUUUCUUAUUUAUAAUAAAGUCUGAAUAUUUGUAACCCCCUAUA